GGGAUUCCAGCAGGGAUGUAAACUGGAAGGAAGAGUGGAUCAUUAAAAGUCCAGAGGAACACCACGGUUGUUUAUUGUUCUGCAUAUGCUCGGUUUGGAUCUGCUUUGACGUCAUCACCUCCGUGUUUUAGCACGCCCAGCCGUGCCUUGAAAAAGUAAGGAACGUUUGGGAGCUGCUGUCACCUGUGUGUUUUGUGUGGAAAGGUCAGGUCGCGAGUCUGCAGAGGCUUCCGAACAGAAAGCCGAGCUGUGAGAGCGAAUCAUCGGUAUGGGUCGGCGCUGAGCGCUGGCUGCCGGUAGGAUGAUCCGAGGAGUCACCGGUGAGGCUGUCGAGCUCGGUUUUGGUUUGCACAGACAAGCGGAGCGGAAUCAACUGGGAGGUCUGAUGGAAAACUAGACACGUCGACGUGUGUUUAGUGUGCGCGCACUGAGAACAGAGCUACAAACCUGGAAGCUGACUGAAGGAACCGUGACACCAUGUGGAGCCCGGGGAGAGCAGCUCUGUGCUGGAUGCUGCUGGAGACGUUUCUGCGCUCUGCUGGAGGUCUCAACAUAUGCAUGAGUGGCAGCGCUACGUCCUGUGAGGAAUGCCUCCUGAUACACCCCAGCUGUGCCUGGUGCGCACAAGAGGACUUUGGGAAGCACCGUUCUCUGACAUCACGAUGCGAUUUCAAGGAAAACUUGCAAAAGAGGGGCUGUGAGCCACGCUUUAUCGAAUACCCGAGAAGCACGACCUCCGUCUUGAAGAACUUACCCCUGAGCACUAAAGGAUCAGGACCAGCACAGUACGACGUCGUCCAGAUUAUGCCUCAGAAGAUCUCUCUCAGCCUGCGGCCAGGAGACCAGACGUGGUUCAGCCUGCAGGUGCGGGAGGUGGAAGAUUACCCAGUGGAUCUCUACUACCUGAUGGACCUCUCACUCUCCAUGAAAGACGACCUGGACACAAUGCUUAACCUUGGUACCAAGCUGGCAGAGGAAAUGGGGAAGCUCACCAGCAACUUCCGUCUGGGCUUUGGGUCCUUUGUGGAUAAAAACAUGUCACCCUUCUCCUACACUGCACCCAAGUACCUGGAGAAUCCCUGCAACGGAUACAAGCUCUUCCCUAAUUGUGUCCCUACGUUUGGUUUUCGCCACAUCCUCUCUCUGACGGAUAAAGUGGACCGUUUCAAUGAGGAGGUGCAGAAACAGAUGGUGUCUCGGAACCGAGACGCUCCGGAGGGCGGGUUUGACGCCAUCCUGCAGGCCGCUGUCUGCAAGGAGGAAAUCGGCUGGAGGAAGGAGGCCUACCACCUGCUGGUGUUUGCCACAGACGACGUGCCGCACCUCGCAUUGGAUGGCCGGCUGGGAGGGCUCGUCCGGCCUCACGACGGUCGCUGUCACCUCAAUGAUCAGAACGAGUAUAGCGCCUCCACAAAGAUGGACUAUCCGUCUCUCGCUCUGCUUGGAGAGAAACUGGCAGAAAAUAACAUCGUCCUCAUCUUUGCCGUAACCAAACGGCUCUACGUUAUUUAUAAGAAUUUCACAGCUCUCCUCCCUGGAACGACAGUUGAAAUCUUGGACCAGGACUCCAAGAAUGUCAUUCAGCUGAUUAUAACUGCUUACAAUAACAUACGCUCCAAAGUGGAGCUGACGGUGUCGGAUCAUCCCGAGGACAUCAGCCUGUCCUUCACUGCCACCUGCCAGGAUGGAAAGCCGCUGCCAGGCUUCCGGAAGUGUGAAGACUUGAAGAUAGGAGACACUGUGUCCUUCCACGUGAGCGCAGAGGCAAGGAGCUGUCCACCCCGUGGCACCGACCAGACCUUCACAAUAAAGCCGGUGGGGUUUAAGGACCGCCUGGAGGUGGCUGUGGAUUAUCAGUGUGACUGUGUCUGCAGCCAAAUGGCACAGAUCAACAGCAGCAUCUGCAGCUCCAUCGGCACGUACAACUGCGGCACCUGUCAUUGCGAGCCUGGCUACCUGGGCGCCCACUGUGAAUGCCAGGAGGGCGAGGCCAGCAGCAUGUACCUCAGUGCCUGCAGGGAAGGCGAGGGCAAGCAGAUCUGCAGUGGAAGAGGCGAGUGCAGCUGCAACCAGUGUCUCUGCUACGAGUCGGAGUUUGGGAAGAUCUAUGGCAGCUUCUGCGAGUGCGAUGACUUCUCCUGCGCGAGGCAUAAAGGCAUCCUCUGCUCUGGUCAUGGAGAAUGCCACUGUGGGCUGUGCAAAUGCCACGCCGGUUAUGUUGGCGACAACUGUAACUGUUCCACAGAGACGUCAUUCUGCUUCUCAGAUGAUGGGAAGAUGUGUAGCGGGCGAGGAAACUGCGUGUGCGGCCGCUGUCAGUGCACCGAGCCAGGGGCGUUUGGAGAUACCUGUGAAAAAUGCCCCACCUGCCCCGAUGCCUGCGGUACCAAGAGGGAAUGUAUCGAGUGUCGGCUUUUCAACUCGGGGCGGCUCGCAGACAACCAGACCUGCCAGCGCUUGUGCAAGGAUAAAAUCAUAACUGUGGAGAUCCUCAAAAAAGAAGAGCCUGGAGCGGUCCUCUGCCUAUAUAAGACAGAAAACGACUGUGUGAUGAAGUUCACAUACUCUGAGCACGCCAGCGGCCGGUCCAUACUCACCGCGCUCAAAGAGCCGGAAACCACCAUCCCUUCAAAUGGGAAGAAACUUCCAGUGGAAGCAGAUCCAGGGUCAGGUUUAAUAGCCGUCUGCUACUUACAGCUGGGAAGGUUCAGAGGACAAGAUGAAGACAGAACUACACAGACACACUGAGCCAUCAAUUCGUUGGAUGGAAGAGAAAAAUUGCAAAGUGCCCUCCUUUUUUAGUGAGACGUACUGCCGUUAAUCAUCCAUCUGGACAGCGAUGUGCUGACAAGGAUUCUGUCUGGGAGGAGGAAGAGUGACAGCCAGUUCAGAAAGAGGCAACCAAAGAAGAAAAAUGUUUAGCAGUGGGGAGGUUGAGUCUGACCUCAUUAAGACAAUCAAUAUUUUAAAUUAUCUGUCAGCACAUAGCCUAGAGGAAGGACACAACAUGGACUCUAGAAAGGUUACAAAGCUCAUAACCCUAAAUAGAAGGUGGUUGUUUACAAUACCUGUAUUAUUCUUCAGUAUAUACUUUAUUUUUCUCAAAGGUUUUUUGGUCUAAUUCAUUUCUAAAGUUCCUAUUUAAAUCAAACCGAUCGAGGAAUACAACUCAAGCUGUCUUUUAUAUAUUGCAGUUGAGAUCACAUCCUGAGGCUUUAUUUAGCAUGGGGUAUUAUUGUGAGAUAAUGCAGACAUCAAUGUUUCCUGGUGCCUGUUUUUUAAAUAAAGCAAAAUUAUUUAUUGUAAAGUUAAUGUAGUGCUUAUGGCUUUUUUUUUUUAUUAGGAUGACCUACAUCCAAUUUAAAGAGACUAGAAAGAACACACACACUGCUAAAUCUGUGUAUGCUUGCUUUAUGUCUCCUGUGUGUGAAUUAUUCCCACAUUCGGCCCGCUGAGGUCACACUCCGUUUCCUGUCUUGCUUGCUAACUUUAUUUUCAUUUUUCAGUUCCUUUUUGCUUGGAAACUUCCCUGCAUCUGUUUUCUCCUUACAGCACCUCUGACCCUGCUUAUACAAGGGAAGAGUAAAAAAGUAAAUACAUCCCCUUUAGAUUCAAAAGCUUUACAUAUUCAGAAACAGAAAAACCCAUAUCAUGUAGUGAAACCAAUACAUUUUAAUGUUAAUGUCAAAAAUGAAGUACUUUUCAAAUAUUAAAUUGUGCCAUAAAUUUAACAAAUUAUAGUCACGGGGAAAAGAAAGUACUCACAAGUGCAGUAAAAUGCACAACAGAUACAAUGCUGCCAUAAUUUAUUAAACAAAACCAAAAUCAUAGGGUUUGUCAAAUACACAGUGCUUCACUUUGCUGGUCUGAUAAAUACAGGUGUGUGUUGAUUAAUGCCAAAAAGAAAAGGCAUCAGCAAUAUCCAGCAAAUAUUGCUGCCCAACAAUCUGGCAAGGGUUGGAAGGCUUUUUCCAAACAUCUUGAUAUCCAUUAUUCUGCAGUGGAAAACAAUAUUUAACUGGGACACAUUAAACACCUCACAACUGUCAAGCAUGGUAGUGGUUACAGCUUCACUUUGCAGUCAGUCAUCCAUGAACUCCUGUGUAUCACAAAGUAUCACAGAGGUUGACUCAUCCAUACAGAGUGGGAAAUGGUAAAUAGCUUGCAUGUGUAUAGGACUUUAAGAAGUCCUCAGAGACCCCACCACAAAAAUACGGUUCAGGGUCUGGUCCAAUAGUGCAUUUUCUGACUUUUAAAGUUUCCUAACAGUCUAAAUAUUGAAGAGUCGUGGAUGAGACAAGAUGGCUGUCUUAAAAGUGACAAGGAAAGCAGCCCUGGUGUUGAGAUUUAACAGGGGAGACAAUAUACCACUCUUAUUAAAGCAAAUGGGAUCUUUUUGUCUCUCAAAUCUUUAUGACUUUAACAGUCUUACUUAUUGGAAAUCGUGGAGGUAAACACUGGUUACCCACAAUCAUCAUAAAGAAAUACAAAUCCUUUCUACUUUUUCACACAAUGUGUUUAACUUACACAAAGUAAUAAGUGCCACACAGCUCACAGGAUGGUGUAAUUGUUAUGUAAAGUGAUAGACUUGUUUUAUUUAAUACUGUUGAACGUUUUUGUGAUUUUUUUGUUUCUCUCUAACUCUGAAUGACGCUUCAAUAAACUGUGGCCAGUUCUGGCAUUAAUUGCG